CCCAAGCCACCCCCCUUUUUCCUUCUCUCUUCCCUUUGUAGCCCUUACCAGCAACUCAUCCGGCUUCAUCCUCUCUCCAUCAAGUCUCCCAAAAUGGGCAGAUUAAGCAUCGACUUCCGGUCCCACAAAUGGGCCAUCUUCUACUGCGGCGUCUCGACGUUCGGGGCCCUCUGUUACGGAUAUGACCAGAUCUACUACACGGGCCUCCUGGGCAUGCGGCCUUUUAUCAACGAGUUCGGCACCACGACCGACUCGGACGGCCUGACUGCACUCACGACAUCCUUCGUCUCCCUCACUGCGUCGAUCAUCUAUGUCGGCGAAUUACUUGGAGCCCUCCUCGCCGCCCCGAUCAACGACUACUUCGGCCGGAAGGCGGUCUUCUACUGCGCCUCGACAUGCAUCAUCGCCGGGGCCAUCGUCCAGCUGACGUCGCACGGCAUCGAAGGGCUGAUCAUCCUCGGCCGCAUCCUCAUCGGUCUUGGCAUCGGCCAGUUCACCGUGACCAGCCUACUCUACAUCGGCGAGGUGGCGCCCCUGGCCAUCCGCGGGCCUGCCCUGAUGAUGUUCCAGUUCAUGCAGUCGUGCUCGCAGCUGGUCGGCUCCGGCAUCACACAGGGCACCGAGUCGAUCCCCAACAAGAACUCGUACCUCAUCCCCAUGGGCCUGCUCAUCCUGCUUCCCGGUCUGAUGAUGCUGAUGCUUCCAUUCACGCCCGAGAGCCCGACAUGGUACGCAAUGAAAGGCCGGACGCAGCAGGCCGAGGUCGCGCUGAAGAAGAUCAACCGGAGCAUGGAGGGCUACGACCCGGCGCACGACCUCCUGGUCCUCGACGAGGCCGUCAGGCGCGAGCAGGCCAACGAGGCCGAGUCGAGCUGGGCGUCGCUGCUCAAGGAACCGAUCGAGCGGCGCAAGCUGCUCUACUCGUGCGGCGCCAUGGUGGCGCAGCAGAUCAACGGUAUCCAGUUCUUCUACUCGUACGGCGUCGUGUUCGCGCAGUCGCUCGGCAUCAAGGAGGCCUUCACCAUCUCGCUCAUCACCAACGUGCUGCAGGUCAUCUCGGUGGCCGCGGCGGUCCUGCUCGGCAACCGCAUCCAGCGGCGGAAGAACCUGCUGGCCUGCAGCGUGGGCAUCUUCGGCGCGCUGAUCGUCGUCGGCGGGCUCGGCACCAAGCGCGAGUUCCCCACGGGCAUCAGCACCGCCAUCGUGGUCUUCUCGUACGUCGUCAUCGUGUGCUUCAACUUCUCGCUCGGCCCGCUCGCCUUCACCAUUGCGUCCGAGAUGGCCGUCGGCCGCAACAGGAACAAGAUCAUGUCGUGCUCCAUCGUCUCCUUCUUCUUCACCGUCUGGGUCAUCGCCUUCACGUCGCCCUACCUGUACUACUCGGCCAACCUGGGGCCCAUGCUGGGCUUCAUCUACUCGGGCACCACCAUCAUCACCCUGGCGUACGUCUGGUUCUGCGUGGGCGAGACCACGGGCCGGACGAACUACGAGCUGGAACGGUUCUUCAUUGACAAGAUCCCCGUCCGCCAGUGGAGGGAUCACCAGUUCACCGAUCUUCCCGAGCUCCAGGACGAGAAGGUUGUCGAGAAUGAGAGAGCAUCUCCCAGUGGCGCGUCUGCCGAGGUUGAAAAGGUCUAAUGAGUUGGCAUGUAACAUUACCUGGCGGUGUAUAGUCAGAUGGAGAUUAGAGGGCCAGAUAAUUAAUUAGAUUUCCCAGUCAAAGGCCAUGACAUGUGCUUCCCAUAAUAUAUUCCCCGCCUCGUAUCCAACUCCUUCUUUGCAGCCAGAAGAACAAAACCCGUGCGCCCACAAAGUG